AUGGCCAUAUCGGCGACACUAAGCACACCGCGGCUGGGGACUCGGAGCGUGUGUCUUUACUCCGCGGCCCUCGGGCUUCAGCCUGCCUCCUCGGCCGCCUCGGCUCGAACCCUCCCACCACAUGGUGUCAGAAGUGGGAUGCGUGGUUCCCGCGACGCCAUGGCUAACAAAGACGCUCCAGUUCCUGCUCUCGCUGCCGCCAGUCUCCGGAGUCCCGCUCCGUUCCCCUUCGACGAUGUCGGCGAGUGGCUGCCCUGGUUACGGCAAUUUGAGGACUAUGCCUUCGCCACCGGCAUGCACGCAGCCCCGGACGAGACGAGGGUUAGGACUCUCCUCUACUGUAUGGGCCCCCGUGCACGCAUUGUCCUCAGUUCUCUCACGUCCGAUGAAGAGGCGUACAAGUCCUACGCGGAAGUCACCCGGCGGCUCACAAGCUACUUCGUGCACCCCGUAAACGAGGUGUACGAGAGCUCUCGGUUCCACAAGCGGACGCAAGAGCCAGGCGAAACCGUCGACAGUUUCUUCACGGCCCUUCGGAACAUGGUACGCAAGUGUAACUACCCGUCACCUGCCGUUGAAGAGCGUCUUGUUCGCGACCGUUUCGUCGUGGGUUUGGCGGAUUCUCGCCUUUCAGACAAGCUGUGCCGCACUCCGAGCCUUUCCCUGGACGACGCACUCGUGCAAGCUCGUCAGCACGAAGACGCCGAACGCGAAAGACAACGCCUGUCCCUCACCGCUGGGCACCCGCUUACGGCAGCUCACGUGGACGCGGCGACUUCGCGUAAACCCGCGCAGCGUGCACGCGGACGACGCAAUAGACGGGACUCUGGCAACUUUGCUGACUUAGCGUCACGUGACCGACCCGACGGUUCGCACUCGAGCAACAGAGCUGGCGAGGCUUUGAAAUGCGGCCUAGGCCUAAGUAGGCAAUGCGGAUUUUGCGGUCACGAGUUUCACCGACGGUCUGACUGUCCAGCGGCCAAAGCGGUCUGUAACCACUGCAAGAAGCGAGGCCACUUCGCGGCGGUAUGUCGCUCAGGGAAGCGCCUCGGAUCCGUCGAGCUCCACUCCGUCGCGGCGGUGGCCCGCAACGGGCGGUACGUUGAGGUGCGUGUCAACGGGAACCCUCUCGUCUUCAAAGUGGACUCUGGAGCCGACGUCUCGGUGGUUCCGCGCACGUUUCCCGGCUGCCCAGCCGUCCUCGAUAAGCCGCGAGGCGAAGAACUUUUCGGACCCGGGAAACAAGCCCUGAAGCUUCUCGGCACCUUCGACGCGGCGCUGUCUUGGAGAGGCAGGCAAGUCAACGAGCGCCUCUACGUCGUUGCGGGACAAGAGCAGCCACUUCUCGGCUAUCCCGCUAUCGUUGCCCUUGGGGUCGUCAAGUUUGUCGGCGCCGUCGCACCAGCUCUGCCGGACGCACCACCUCGUGAAGUCCCUCCAGCCCUUUUCACCGGCCUGGGCACAUUUCCGGAAGAGUACACGAUACGUAUCAAGCCUGACGCGGUACCGUAUGCCCUCAGCACAGCCCGGCGUAUCCCGAUACCGCUACGAGACGUAGUCAAAAAGGAGCUCGACAAGAUGGAGCAGGAGGGCGUGAUCCGGUGCGUCGACGAACCGACGGACUGGUGCGCGGGACUUGUCGUCGUCCCGAAGCCAGCGGGGGGUUACCGCCUGUGCGUUGAUUUGACCAAACUCAACCAAGUCGUUCUGCGUGAACGCCACGUACUCCCGACCGUCGACCAAACCCUCGGACUUCUCGGUGACGCACGCGUUUUCUCGAAGUUGGACGCAACUUCAGGCUUCCACCAAGUACGCCUGGCGCGCGACUCCCAGAAGUACACGACUUUCAUCACUCCGUUUGGCAGGUAUUGCUACUGCCGCCUCCCAUUCGGCAUAACAUCGGCCCCGGAAUACUUCCAGCGUCAGAUGUCUCGCCUGCUGGAAGGGUUGGCUGGUGUUGUUAACCUUAUGGACGACAUCCUUGUGUUUGGCCGCACCACAGAAGAACACGACCAACGCCUCCAGGCAGUCCUUGGUCGCCUCCAACAAGCGGGGGUCACCCUCAACGCUGCCAAGUGCACUUUCGGCGUGUCCAGCGUGCGGUUCCUUGGCGUUGUCGUCGGUGCCAAUGGCAUCACUCCGGAUCCAGAGAAAGUGGCCGCCAUUCAGCGCAUGCCAGCUCCUCAGGACGUUCAUGGUGUCCAACGUUUUCUCGGUAUGCUCAACCAUGUCGGUCGCUUCCUCCCGGGCCUCUCUCAAACGACUGCGCCAAUCAGAAGUCUCCUGAACAAGCUUGCAGCCUGGACAUGGGGACCAGCGCAGGCUUCAGCAUUUGAAAAGCUCAAGAGCAUGCUGUCGUCGGACAUCUGCCUCGCAAGGUACAACCCUGCACUGUUGACGACAGUCUCCGCAGAUGCCAGUUCCUUCGGGUUGGGUGCUGUCCUCCUUCAAGACCAGCCAUCAGGGGAGCGCCGACCAGUUGCAUACGCCUCUCGAGCGCUGACUGAAACGGAACGGAGGUACAGCCAGAUCGAAAAGGAGGCACUGGCUGCCACCUGGGCCAUCAACCGAUUCGACGAGUUUCUUCGGGGUCUUCGUUUCACCCUCGAGACCGACCAUAAGCCGUUAGUACAGCUCCUAGGAACCGCGGAUCUCGAUCUCAUGCCACCACGAAUCCAGCGCUUCCGCAUCCGCCUUCUCCAGUACCAGUUUGAUGUCAAGUACGUUCCUGGGAAACAGCUGGCCACCGCAGAUGCACUCUCAAGGGACCCAGUCGUCCAGCUGCCAGCGACUCCAGCUGUUGACAAGGUGGAGCUGUACGUUCAAGAAGCACUCCGUGCUAUCCCUCCUACAUUUGCAGUCCUCCUCGACGACUUCCGAGCUCACCAGGCUGCAGAUGGGGAGUGCGCGCAGCUCAAGUUGUACUGUGAGCAAGGGUGGCCUAGGAAAGAGAAUCUGCCUCUCAGCAUGGCUCAGUUCUGGGCUCAUCGGGCCGAGUUCAGUAUUGGUGACGGCCUUCUCCUCUGCGGUGGACGCCUGCUGGUGCCCGCUUCUCUGCGGAAGCACGUCCUCUCCCUCAUCCAUGACGGACACCUCGGAGUGAACCGUUGCCGCGCCAUCGCCAGGGGAGCUGUCUGGUGGCCGACCAUGGGGAGUCAGAUCAAGACAAUGGUGGAGAACUGUCCCAACUGUGCUACCACGCGGGUCCACCCAGCGCAGCGUCCACGCUCCUACGUGGUCCAGACGGAUGCAGGUGCUCUCGUCCGCAACCGGAGACAUCUGGUUCCGCAGCAGUCUCCGUCAUCAGGUGGUCUAGACCUCGGCAGCUCCAGUCCACGGACACGAGGAUCUGAAAGCCUGCCACAGACUCCAACUCGCCCAGAGCCUGUGUGCAGCAGUCCAACUCCCAGGGCACUUACUCCUCUACCAGUUGCAUCGCCACCGGUUGCCCCGGCUACUCCCUCAAGACCGCCUGGGUCAGUUGUACGCACUCGGUCUGGACGUUGUGUUAGGCCGCCGGUGCGGCUGAACUUGUAG